AUGGCUGAAGAAAAUGAGACAGGGGUGCCAGAUCUGCCGGUAAAAACUGGUACUACAUCAUCGACACAUGAAAAUGAGUUUUAUAGAAUAUCAAAGAAGUUAAGAAUACAAAUUAAUCAUUUGCAAGGACAAAUAAUAAAGGAAACAAACAUCUCCAUAUUAGAAAAGGAAGCAAAUAUUGUAGAACAAUGCAUGAAGGAACUAACUGCUGCCCAAGAAGAAUUAGAGCGCAUCCAAGGUUCAGCCAUCGAAAAGAUGACAUUUUAUAGUAAGUUUGAGGAUAUGAGUCGAGAAACAAAUCAAAUACUUGCCCAAGCGGUGCAAGCAAUUCAACAGCUAAAAUUGAAUGAAAACGAAGAUAGACAUUCAGUAAUCACAUCCACUCAUCGAAGUAGAUCAAGUCAUCGAAGUAGACUAUCUCGUUCAUCACUAGCUAGUACUAGCUCAUCCGCACGACUUCGUAGACUCGACCUCGAAGAGGAAAUUGCAACAUUGAGAGCCAAAAUAAAUCUUGUAGAGGAAAGGGAACAACUAGACAAGGCUAACCGAGUCGCACUCGAAGAAAUCGAAAGGCGAAAGCUGGAAAUCCAGAGCGAAGAGCAGCGUUUGAUUGAGCAAAUCGAAACCACGAAGGAAACAUUCAAACUUAAGGAACAGUUAGCAGAAAGGGAAGCAAGAGUCGAGGCAUGCACACGGUUCGAAAACGAGGGUACGUCCGUGAUAUUUGACGACGACGACAAUCAAAGUAAUGCCACACGAGAGCACAUUCAGAAAUUCCUUCGAUCUCAGGCAGAACCUUCUGCUGAAGGUGAGAAUAAUGAACUUGCUACGCAUGAUACAGCUGACUCCCUCCCUCCCGAAUGUGGGUUAUUAGUUCCUCCUCAAUCCAAAUUGAACCCAGACGUCCCACCAUACGUCUCUUGCAAAGAAGCUACCACCUCAGCACCGAACCAACAAAUCAACGUAACACCUACAAAUGUCCACAUCAAUCCACCUUACACCCUAACUGGUGCCACAAACCCCGACUUGGUUCAAGCUCAGUUAACCGCAAUCACAAAAUUAUUGGAAGUCCAAAACCAGAACCGAUUACCCCUGCCGGAGCCGGGCGUCUUCAGUGGUAAUCCUUUGCAAUACCCAAUGUGGGUGAAGGCAUUCGAGACCCUUAUUGAAGGCAGAGCAAUCAACCCGGCCGAAAGAUUACAUUUUCUUGGAAAAUAUGUCAGUGGUGAAGCUAAAGAAGUGGUGAAUGGUUUCAUGCUCCUGGACGGCGACGACGCAUAUACGAAAGCAAAGGAGAUGCUGGCUAAACGAUUUGGCGAUCCAUUCACAGUAGCAGCAUCAUUUCGAAAAAGACUCGAAGAAUGGAAACAAAUUGCGCCUGGCGAUGCGAUUGGUUUGCGAAAGUACUCCGACUUCCUUGUCCAAUGCGAAACGGCAAUGGAGAAAGUGAGUAGCCUCAACGUGCUCAACGAUGUACAAGAAAACCAGAAGAUGAUAUCCAAACUACCCAAGUGGUUGUCAAAUCGCUGGGCAAGAGUGGUCUACAAGUCAAGAGAGGAGAAGAAUAAAUUCCCCCCGUUUUCGGAAUUCGUUCGAUUCCUGGUAACCGAGUCAAAUAUCGCAUGCGAUCCAGUUAAUCUGAGAAGCAGUAAGUUAAACGACGAGAACAAACGACCGAAGGAUCCACGGAGACCAGAGCGUCCCUACUCGAGAUACAGAGCUGGAACAGAAAUCGAUAAAAGAAACUUUGCGACAAGAUCUAUGGAAGGAGAUCCAGAAGACGAAGGCCAAUCCAAAAGGGUAAAGCCAGUGAGUAACUCAUGCUCACUCUGCAAAGAAAUUCAUGAUUUAAAUUCGUGCGAACAGUUUCGUAAAAUGGAGAUCAAAGAUCGAAAGAAAUUUGCAAGAGACAAAGGACUUUGUUAUGGCUGUUUAAUACCAGGACACACGUCCAAGCAAUGUAAGAAAAGAAAGAAGUGUGAGACCUGUGGAAAGUUACACCCCACCUCGCUGCAUGGGGAUUUCAGGGAAAAUCCAGGCAACGAUAAGGACCGUCCUGACGAUAAUGCCAACUCACCGACCGUCAACUGUACCAAGGCAUGUUUCAUGAACGAUGGAACUCAGGUGCGAAUGAGCUCCAUGAUAAUCCCGGUUUGGAUCAACCAUAGUGAUAAUCCUGAAACCAAGAUACUCGUGUAUGCCCUCUUGGACGAUCAAUCGGACACUACCUUCGUCACUGAAGAAACCCUAAAUAGUUUAAAUGUCAGCGGCCCAGAAACCCAACUAUCCUUGUCAACGAUGCAUGCAGACAACGAAGUGAUAGCCAGUAAUAAAAUCAAAGGACUUGCUGUUAGCGACUAUGACCAUAACGUCUCUAUCCCUCUUCCCACGACCUUCUCGUGCACAACGAUACCAGCCAGACGAAGACAGAUCCCAUGUCCCGAAAUGGUAAACCAGUGGCCACAUCUAGUACCCAUUGCGAACAGUUUGACUCCAUAUCAACAUAACGUUGAAGUUGGUCUACUUAUCGGUUCAAACUGCCCCAGAGCCAUAAUGCCUCGAAAAAUCAUACCCGGCAAUGACAACGAACCAUACGCGCAGAAGACAGAUCUAGGAUGGGGCAUUGUCGGGAACGUUUCAAGAUCCAACCUCGAGCGAGACAAGGACCAUGAAGAGAUGCACACCACGCACGCAUGUAGAGUUAUAUCGUGCUGUACAAAUGACACAAAUCCACUCCAUCGGAAGACGUGCUUCUUCUCAGUUAAGACCACUACGAAGGAAAUACUAAAUCCAGUCCAGGUGAGACAGAUCCUGGAAUCCGACUUCUCGGAAGGAAAAACUAACGAACAGCCGAUAUCGCAAGACGAUAGGAAGUUCAUACGCAAGGUAGAGCAAGGAAUUCGUCAGAGACAAGACGGACACUACGAAAUGCCUUUACCGUUCCGCGAAGAAGAACCGAGUAUGCCUAACAACAAGUCUCUUGCAUUACAUCGACUAGCCAAACUCAAAACCCGGCUCGAGAAUAACGAACAGUAUCGUAAGGACUACGUUGCCUUCAUGAAUGAUUUAGUAUCGAAAAAAUACGCGGAAAGAGUUCCUGAAAAGGAGCUUCCAAGGGACGAUGGACGCACAUGGUACAUUCCGCAUCAUGGGGUGUAUCACCCGAAGAAACCCACAAAGAUGCGCGUAGUAUUCGAUUGUAGUGCCAAGUAUAAGGGCGAGUCACUAAACGAUCACCUACUACAGGGUCCUGACCUCACCAACCAACUGAUCGGCGUGCUGUGUAGAUUUCGCCAAAGUCCAAUUGCGUUUAUGUGUGAUGUGGAAUCAAUGUUUCACCAGUUCAACGUCAUCGCGGCCCACCAAGACUUCCUGCGAUUCCUUUGGUGGGAAAACGGAGAUACAACCAACCCCCCGGUAGAAUUUAGAAUGACGGUCCACCUAUUUGGAGCCGGAUCAUCUCCAGGAUGUGCGAACUACGGCUUAAAGCAGAUAGCCAACGACUACGAAGAAGAAUUCGGCACAGAAGCAGCGAACUUUGUUCGAGACGAUUUCUAUGUUGAUGACGGCUUGAAGUCAGUCGACUCAGUCUCGGAAGCCGUUUCGCUGAUUAAGAAAACCAAAGACCUAUGCGCCCGUGGUGGAUUACGUCUCCACAAGUUCGUUUCAAACUCGAAGCCGGUGAUAGAGAAGAUCCCGCCCAACGAUAGAGCCUCCGGUAUAAAGAAUCUCGACCUUCGCAAGGACGACCUGCCAAUAGAACGAGCACUUGGCGUAGAAUGGUGCAUCGAGUCCGACUCCUUUCAGCUAAGAGUGAGCCUGCAGAACAAACCUCCUACCCGCCGCGGAAUCCUCUCCACUGUAAGUUCCAUCUUCGACCCGAUAGGAUUCGUAGCCCCUCUUAUACUUCAAGGAAAGCAAUUUCUACAGGAGUUAUGUCGCGACGGAAUCGACUGGGAUGACCCAAUUCCCGAGCAAAUUCGACUACGAUGGGAGAAAUGGCGUAACGACUUACUCUUGUUGAGCGACCUGGGCGUCCAAAGAUGCUAUCGACCAGAUGGAUUCGGAGAGCUAAAGUCCAUCGAGCUUCACCAUUUCUCAGACGCGAGUACCUCGGGAUACGGUCAGUGCUCGUACCUGCGAUUAGUUAACGAGGAAGACAAAAUUCAUUGUUCGUUCGUCAUGGGAAAGGCUCGAGUUUCCCCGUUGAAGAGCGUCACGAUCCCUCGCCUGGAAUUAACGGCGGCGUUAGUUUCCGUGAAGGUAAGCAACCUACUUCACCAAGAGCUCAAUUACGAAGGGAUCGUCGAUAUAUUCUGGACGGACAGCAAAGUAGUACUUGGCUAUAUAAAUAACGAUGCCAAACGCUUCCACACAUUCGUGGCGAAUAGGGUACAACAAAUUCGAGAGUGCACUAACCCAAACCAGUGGCGAUACAUAGAGAGUAAGGAGAACCCAGCAGACGAGGCGUCACGAGGAUUAAGUGCCCAAGAGCUGAUAUCCAACCCUCGGUGGCUAUCCGGACCAGCGUUUCUAUGGAAUCCCGAGAUCAACACAUCCACCACCGAAAGUCCGCCCCUCUCGGAAGACGAUCCCGAAGUUAAGAAAGUAAAAUCACUCGCCACGCAAGGAACGACCGAAAACGUGUCAACGAUUCUCCAGAGACUUGAAUACUUCUCCGAUUGGCACCGGGCGAAAAGAGCCAUCGCAGUUUGCCUGAAGCUCCGAAAGCGUCUGAGAAGUUGUACGACAGAUCGAGAACAAGUUAAAUCCGAGACACGCACCAAUUCGUAUCAGCCGGUAAACGUGGAACAGUUGCGACAAGCGGAAGUAGAAAUUAUGAAGGCGAUUCAAACGGAAAUGUUUCCCGUAGAGAUGGAACUCCUGCGUCGUUUGAAAUCCAACCCCACGAAAAGAGAAGACGUCAAGGAUCGUAAGGCAAGCUUAAAGAGAAACAGCGCAUUAUAUCGACUAGAUCCAUUUAUCGACAAAGAGGGACUCGUAAGAGUUGGCGGACGAAUCAAACGCGCUGAUGUCCCCUUUCACGUGAAACACCCCGCAAUCCUACCGAGAAAGGGACACAUUACAUCCCUCAUAAUCCAACAUUACCAUCAACGAGUCAAACACCAAGGCCGUGGAAUCACCCUGAACGAGAUUCGCGAGGACGGGAUUUGGAUCAUUGGUGCAACUUCUGCAGUGGCCCAUCAUAUCGCCAAAUGCGUCACGUGUCGGAAGCUUCGUGGUACCGUAUCCGAGCAGAAAAUGGCCGAACUUCCCUACGAUCGAUUGCAACCUGCGCCACCGUUCACCUUCUGCGCCGUUGAUUACUUUGGCCCGUGGCACAUUAAAGAAGGUCGGAAAGAGCUAAAGCGGUACGGCGUUUUGUUUACUUGCCUAUCAUCUCGGGCGAUUCAUCUCGAGACGGCGAAGUCGUUAGAGACGGAUUCCUUUAUCAACGCUCUGCGUCGUUUCCUGGCUCGACGCGGACCCAUUCGUCAGCUCAGAUCAGACCAGGGUACAAACCUAGCAGGUGCUCGACGCGAAUUGAAAGAAGCCUUGCAAGAGAUGGAUAAAGAGAAGGUGCGAUCAUUCCUACUGGAAAAAGAAUGCGACUGGUUCGAAUUUCUAAUGAACGUGCCCUCCAGCAGUCACAUGGGUGGUGUAUGGGAACGGCAGAUACGAACGGCGCGCAACGUUCUGAAUGCCCUCCUCCUCGAGGCGGGAACUCAGUUGGAUGAAGAGUCACUGCAAACAUUCAUGUGCGAGACAGAGGCUAUUGUAAAUAGCCGUCCCCUAACCGUGACUAAUCUUGGCUCUCCUACCGACGCGGAACCCUUAACCCCAAACCACCUCCUGACAAUGAAAUCGCGAAUACUACUCCCACCACCCGGCGAGUUCCAGCGAGCAGACAAAUAUCUAGUGAAAAGAUGGCGACGAGUCCAGUACCUUGUCAACCAGUUUUGGUCGCGUUGGCGUAAGGAGUUUCUCAACACUUUGCAAGGAAGGCAGAAGUGGAGCAACCCUCGUAGAAACUUGCGUGUAGGCGACAUCGUUCUCAUCAAGGAUGAUAACGCGCCUCGAAACCUUUGGCGAAAGGCUCGCGUUGACGAAGUUUACACGGACGUAGAUGGUUUGGUGCGAAAGGUCAAGCUUAUUGUGGCAGAUCCUCUGUUGAACGAACGCGGAAAACGAAGUCGAGUUGCGACCAUUUUGGAACGUCCUAUUCAGAAGCUAGUUGUACUUCUUAAAGUCGAAGACACGGAGAACGUUGAAGAGUGA